CAAUCUAAACCCGAUAACGAGCCAGCUGGCGGCAGUGCCGUCGUUUACGUGGAGGUACGACCUUCGCGAGAACCCGCUCUCGCCUGGUGGACCCGAGCCGGGCCUCGUCCGGAGGAAGGUCGCAGCCGGAGGUUCCCGCGGAGUAAAUCGCGCGGCAGGAACCGGUACAGCUCGCGGGCACGAAGAGCCGAAAUUCUCCCGCGGAUCCCCGAGGAGCGAAACGAGUCGGAGCAGAGGCGCCGAGGGAGAGAGGGAGGGAAGGAAAAAGAGGAAAACAAACAUGCCGUGACCUCCCUCAGGUGUGACAAUGUGUACAAGCCGACGAAGUCGACGCUGCUCAUAGCGCGUGCGACCAAAGCCGUAGACGCUUCGUCGUCGUCGUUGCCUUUUGCCGCGCGUGUAAUCGUGUCGUGCAGUGGUAUCUCCUGACCCAGCUUCGACGCUCAGGUGCUCUUGGACCGAUCGCGAUGACUACGAGGGAGCUCUACGUUAAGGGUGGCCGAGUAUGGGUGCCGCAUCCGGAGAAAGUGUGGGAGGGCGCGGUGCUUCUGGAGAACUACAACAAACGGAAUCAGUCGACGUUGAAAGUACAAACGGAAGAGUCAAAUCAGACGAAGACGUUGGAGAUCAAAUCGGACGUGGAUCUUCCUCCGCUCCGCAAUCCGGAUAUUCUUAUAGGAAUAAAUAAUCUCACAUCAUUGUCCUUCCUUCACGAGCCCGCUGUCCUCUACAAUCUUCAGAUCCGCUUUCAACGGCAUUGCAUCUACACUUAUUGCGGCAUCGUCCUGGUCGCCUUCAACCCGUACAACGAAUUACACAUCUACGGCAAUGACACGAUAUGGGCCUACAGGGGCCAGGCGAUGGGCGACCUGGAACCUCAUAUAUUCGCCGUGGCCGAGGAAGCCUACACGAAAUUGGAGAGGGAGAACCAUGACCAGUCGAUUAUCGUUUCCGGCGAGUCGGGCGCCGGCAAAACGGUCUCCGCAAAGUACACCAUGCGAUACUUUGCGACUGUCGGCGGAUCGGCGACGGAGACGCAGGUUGAGAAGAAGGUUCUGGCCUCUUCUCCCAUCAUGGAGGCGAUAGGUAACGCGAAAACCACCAGGAACGACAAUUCCUCGAGAUUCGGCAAGUUUAUCCAAAUCCAUUUCAACAAAAACUACCAUAUCACUGGCGCCAGUAUGAGGACCUAUUUGUUGGAAAAGUCGCGGGUCGUAUUCCAGGCGAACGAGGAACGGAAUUAUCACAUAUUUUAUCAGAUGUGCGCGGCAGCGAAACGUCUUCCCCAAUUGUACUUAUCCGAUCAGGAUCAAUUCCACUAUCUUAAUCAGGGCGACAAUCCCACGAUCGACGGCGUGGAUGAUCUCGAGUGCUUUGACGAAACGAUCAGUGCAUUGACGAUGCUCGGUUUCACGUCGAAGCAGCAGGAAGAUAUGCUGCGCAUUCUAGCCGCCAUAUUGCAUUUAGGUAACGUAGAGAUAAGUAAUUGUAAAGUCGAGAACGCGAAGGAUGGCGAGGUGGAUACCGAAUCCAGCUACAUCUCUCCGUCAGACCGACAUUUGCUGAUUAUUUCCGAACUGCUCGGUAUCAAUGUAAAGGCAAUGCGCAAAUGGUUGUGCCAUCGGAAGAUCGUGUCGAUGCGAGAAGUCUUCCAAAAGCCGAUGAACGUGGACCAGGCAAUCGGCGCGCGAGACGCUUUAGCUAAGCACAUAUACGCUGAGCUCUUCAAUUGGAUCGUGGUCGGCAUCAACAAUUCGUUGCAGUCUCUUAGCAAAGCACAGUAUUUCAUCGGUGUGCUGGAUAUCUACGGUUUCGAGACAUUCGAAGUGAAUUCGUUCGAACAGUUCUGCAUUAAUUAUGCAAACGAAAAGCUCCAGCAGCAAUUCAAUCAACAUGUGUUCAAACUGGAGCAGGAGGAAUAUUUGAAGGAAGAUAUCGAGUGGACCUUCAUCGACUUCUACGACAACCAGCCAUGCAUCGAUUUGAUCGAAACCAAACUGGGUAUCCUAGACUUGCUGGAUGAGGAGUGUCGCAUGCCGAAGGGUUCGGAUGCCUCGUGGGCGGAGAAAUUGUACACCAAAUGCAGCAAGUCGAAGCAUUUCGAGAAGCCGAGAUUUGGCACUUCGGCUUUCCUGAUUCACCAUUUUGCCGAUCUCGUGCAAUAUGAGACAGUGGGCUUCCUGGAGAAGAACCGUGACACCGUGAUCGAGGAACAGGUAGAUGUGCUGAGAGGCAGCGAGAACAAGCUACUGAAGAAACUGUUUAGCGACGAGGACCCAAAACUGGCGGUGCCACAUACCAGAGUGAAGGUGUCCACGCAGAAGAGCACGCCAACGAAUGUGUCCAACAAGCAAAACAAAAAAACUGUCGGUUCGCAGUUCCGCGAUUCCCUCAAUAUGCUGAUGGCCACGUUGAACGCUACAACGCCGCAUUACGUCCGCUGCAUCAAGCCGAAUGACUCGAAAGAAGCCUUCGAAUACAAUCCGGUGCGAGCGGUGCAGCAGCUGCGUGCUUGUGGAGUUUUGGAGACUAUCAGAAUCUCGGCCGCGGGUUUCCCGAGCCAACGUACGUACGGUGACUUCUUUCAGAGAUAUCGCUGUCUCUGUCAAUUUAACGAGAUACGACGGGAUGAUCUGAAGGAAACUUGCCGACGAAUACUGGCCAGAUACAUCAACGAUGAAGACAAGUUCAAGUUCGGUAAGACCAAGGUGCUCUUCAGAGCUGGUCAAGUAGCGUAUUUGGAGAAACUACGAGCGGAGAGACAGCGGGAUGCCUGCGUGAUGAUCCAAAAGACGGUGCGCGGUCUGAUCUAUCGCAAUAGGUACGUCAAGAUCCGUCGAUCGAUCCUCGGUCUUCAGAGAUACGGCAGGGGUUGCAUUGCGCGUCAGAAGGCGGAGGCGGUGAGGAGGGAAAGAGCCGCGAUAAAGAUACAGGCGCACGUGAAGGGCUGGCUGCAGAGGCGAUGGUAUCUGCAGGUGAAACGCACAAUCCUCGGCCUGCAGACAUACGGCAGAGGCAACAUGGCUCGCGUUAGAUACUGGAUAAUGAAGGACAAUGCUGCGGCGACAGUGAUCCAAAGAUUCGCGCGGGGAUAUCUCGUAAGAAUGGCGUGUAGGAAGAAACUUAGAGAUAUAAUUACCGUGCAGUCGUGCGUUAGAAGACGGCAGGCAAAGAAGAUCUUCAGGCGACUGAAAGCCGAGGCCAGAAGCGUAGAGCACGUCAAGUCCCUCAACAAGGGACUGGAAAUGAAGAUCAUCACGUUGCAACAAAGGAUAGACGAAUUUGCAAAGGAAAAUCAGUUCUUGAAGAAUAUGCAAAACGAAAUGUUAGAUUUGAAGCUCAAACUGGAUAACUUGAAAUCCGUCGAUAUUGACAAUAAAAAGUUGAAGAAGGUAGUGCAGGAAAAAGAGAAGGAGCUGAAAAAUAUACAGGAAAUUCUGAAACAGGAGAGAGACGAAAAGAUGGAUAUAUUGCACGAUAAAGAGAGGAUUUCUCUGCAAAAGAACGAGGAAAAUAAGAAACUUCAGCAAGAGAAUGAGAGAUUAAGGAAGGAGCUUUCGAUAGCGACUGAGAAAUUGAAUAGCAACCAACGCGGUGCCGAGGAAAAUCUAAAGUAUCGUCUCGAGCAAGAGAAAGACCUGCUUCGGCUGGAACAGGAUCAGGAUCGUGGAGCCUACCAGAGGCUGCUCAAGGAAUACCACGAGCUAGAACAACAUGCGGAGAUGUUGGAGCAAAAGCUAGCGUUACCUGGACAUUCGCGUUCUUUGAGCAACGCUUCCAGUGGUAGUGGCCAAAUCGCGUCCACGGAAAUUCCACAAGAUGAUCAAAACAUCGAUUUUGGUUACGGUUCCGUGAGAUCCACGGCUUCCUCGUCAACGCCUUAUUCGCGAGUAGAGACGAUUGACUGGAAUCAGCAGCGAUCAGAUAGCCCACCGGAUGGAGAAGUUCAGUCAAAUAAAUCGCCCUCAGAAAAAUACGCAUCUGCUCACGCACCUGUGGACAUCGGUCUCGUUUUGAAGCUGCAACAGAAAUUAAAGGAUGUCGAGAAGGAGAAGGGCAGAUUGAUCAGAAUGGUCGAGGAUCUGGAACGCGAUAGUAACGAGGAGUCCUCCAGAACACAGGAUUCGUUCAGACUCCAAGAACUGGAAAUGGAAAAUUCGCAACUUAAGAAAGACUUGAACUCAUUGAGGAAAACCGUGUCGUUGGGCAGCCCAUCAUCAGCGCAACAAAAUCUCAUGAUACAAUUCGAGGCGCUGCAGGAAGAACUGGAAAGAAGAAGAGAAGAGUGUAUCCAACUGCAUAGUGUGCUGGCUGAUCACACGCGCAGGAUGAAGAGUUUAGGUGCCAAUUAUGGUCGCGACGUAGACAUCAUAAACGAGGACGGCGAGCUGGUACUUGCCUUCGAAGCGCAGAAAAAGAUUAACAGUAAACUUAAGACAAAGGCACCGAGAGGAGAACAAUUAGAAGAUGAGCUACAAGGGAAGGAAAGGAAUUGGCGAUCGCAAAGAGAUGAAUGGCGAAACGAAAUAGACAGACUGCAAGAAGAGAUCGAGAAACAGCAAAAAUUACUUUCCAUUAAUUUAAGCAAAUCGCCGCAGACCCAAGCGGAACUUUAUAUGCAGCAUGAGGUUGCCAGAUUAACGUCUGAAAAUUUAGAUCUUCAAGAAAAAUAUGAUAAAAUGGCGGAAGAAUGCAGACGUUAUAAGAAACAAUGUAGAAUCCUGGCGAAGCGGUUGAAGGAUGCGGGCUACGAGGGAGAGGAACGUCCUUAUGUGCUAAGAAACGCCGUACCUAAUGCGGUAGAAUACGCAAACGGAUCCGUCAUUGUUUCCAGUACUCAGGAUGGAAGUAAUAUGCCUGUCAUUCGUAAGAAAGAAAGAGAUUAUGAAGGAAUGUUUGAAUUCAGAAAGGAAGAUAUCAACGUGAUUAUACGUCAUCUAGUCAUUGAACUGAAACCCCGUAUAGCGGUGACUCUGCUACCGGGUUUACCGGCCUACAUCCUUUUCAUGUGCAUCAGACACACCGACUGCAUCAACGACGACGACAAAGUACGAUCGUUGUUGACCGAAUACUUGAACGCUGUUAAACGUGUGCUGAAGAAGCGCGAUGAUUUCGACUCCAGAGUGCUCUGGCUGAGUAAUACCCUGCGACUGUUGCACAACAUGAAGCAAUAUUCUGGCGACAAGCCGUUCCAGAUCGAGAAUACACCUAGACAGAACGAGCAAUGCCUGAGGAACUUCGACCUGAGCGAGUAUCGCGUUGUGCUGAGUAACGUGGCUCUCUGGAUUUUCAACAAUCUCGUCACGAAUCUCAAGGAGAGAAUCCAGGCGCUGACGGUACCGGCCUUGCUGGAACACGAGGCCAUAUCCGUGCCCACUGAUAAGGCUGGUCGACCCAGAUCGUCGUCGAUGGGCGGCGAACCGGAUUUCACGCAGCAGAAGCUGGAUAAGCUUCUCGAUGAGCUUACAUCGGUGCACAAGACCUUGCAAUAUCACGGCGUCGAUCCCGAGGUUGUGGUGCAGCUGUUCAAGCAACUGUUUUACUUUAUGUGCGCCAGCGCUCUGAACAAUUUGCUGCUAAGGAACGAACUCUGCCGGUGGACGAAGGGUAUGCAAAUAAGGUAUAAUAUGAGCCAUUUAGAACAAUGGGGUAGAGAUCGACGAUUAGAAAUUGCAUCCGAAGCGUUACAACCCAUCAUACAGGCAUCACAGCUUUUGCAGGCGCGUAAAACGGACGAAGAUGUUAAUUCCGUCUGCGAAAUGUGCAACAAGCUGACGGCUAAUCAAAUAGUAAAAAUCCUGAACCUAUACACACCAGCCGAUGAUUAUGAAAGUCGAGUUCCUGUUUCGUUUAUUAAAAAAGUACAAGAUAAACUAAAAGAACGCGGGGAGAACAACGAACAGCUGUUAAUGGAUCUAAAGUAUUCCUAUCCUGUAAGAUUUCCGUUUAAUCCAUCGGACAUUCGAUUGGAAGACAUCGAGGUACCCGAAGUGCUUCAUUUGCCCAUGCUCAAAAAAGUAUAAUGCAAUAAAGCAAGCAUAAUCGUGGUAAAGAUUCCCCCGUUCUAAAUCAGUCUUUAGUUAAAAGUGUUAUUCUCGCGGAUAAUCGAAACUCGCUUAGCCCAAUCCUUAUUCGUACGAAAGUUAGCGGUACCAAAAUCCGACUAAAUUAGACGUAGACUCAUCGGAAGCGGUUCAUCACGAUAUAUAUCACAUUUUAUAUGUGUUUCUUUUUUACUCGGGUAAUUCAUAGAUUUUACGAUAUGUCGUCGUCCCAAAUCGCGUUCGCGUUUAAAGUCAAUUCCGUUGUGUAGAUAAAUGUGAUCGGGUCUUGGUGAGAAAGAUCGAUAUUUUUUUGUUAUUGUUGCUGUACAGCGUUAUACAUCGAAGUGUAAAAAAGAAAAGUAUGAGUAUAAAAUUCUUAUAAGGAUUUUGUUACGGAUAUUUCAUCAUAAAUUUCAGUAUUAAGAUGAACU